GGUUCUGAAGUGGGAGGGCCCGUCAUCUGACUUUACCAGGCAGGGGAAAAGUGGGUGUUGUGCUGUGUUGUUUGGCUCGUUGCGACGCAUCUUCAUGACUGUUUUUAAACCCGCCAGCAGCGGUUCACUACAGUGGAGGGAUCAGGAUCCAUCGGUUGAGCUGUACAGGCCGUCAGUGCAGCAGGGGAAGCUCUAGCUCCAACCCCGCCAGACUCAGUUACGGAGCCAAAGAAGGUUAGAGUCGUGUCGGUGAGCCAUGGGUUUCCGCAAGAAGAACAAGAGCCCGCCAGUGCUGAGCCACGAGUUUGUGAUCCAGAAUCAUGCCGACAUGGUUUCGUGUUUGGCCAUGAUUAUCCUCCUCGGUCUGAUGUUUGAGGUCACAGCAAAGUUUGCCAUCAUGUUCAUCACAGUCCAGUACAACGUAACUCAAGUUCUUGAUGAGAAGAGUGAGCAGGGGAUUCGUUACCAGUAUGGUCCUAAAGAUGUGGCUACCGUGUUUUUCUACCUGCUAAUAGCAGUCAUCCUUCAUGCCUUGAUACAAGAAUACAUCCUCGAUAAAAUAAAUCGAAGGUUGCACCUGUCAAAAACCAAACACAGCAAGUUCAAUGAGUCGGGACAGCUCGCAGCGUUCUACCUGUUCUCCUUCGUCUGGGGCUGCAGCAUCCUAACAGCGGAGGACUUUGCAACAAAUCCUACUUUGUUGUGGGAGCAUUAUCCACACACUGACAUGGUUUUUCAGGUCAAGUUCUUCUAUAUUUGCCAAAUUGCCUAUUGGCUCCAUGCACUUCCUGAGCUGUACUUUCAAAAAGUACGGAAGGAAGACAUCCCCCGCCAGCUUUAUUACAUCUGCCUUUACGUUGUCCACAUCACUGGUGCCUACGUCUUAAACCUCCACCGACUGGGCCUGGUGCUGCUAGUCCCUCAUUACCUGGUGGAGCUUCUGUUUCAUGCGUCACGUCUCUUCUACUUCAGUGACGAGAACAAGCAAAAGGGUUUUACGUUGUGGGCCCUACUUUUUGUUAUCGCUCGCCUCCUCACCCUCACACUCUCAGUACUGACAUUUGGCUUUGGCCUGCCCCGGACAGAAAACCACGGCUUCUCCUUAGCAGACGGCAACUUCAAUGUGCUUACCAUAAGGAUGACCUGUCUGGCAGCUAUCUGCCUGACACAGGCUUGGAUGAUGUGGAAGUUCAUUAAUUUCCAGUUGAAAAAGUGGCGAGAGCACAGCCAGAACCAAGCAUCAAAAAAGAAGAUGGUCAGUCCAAAGAGCAAGCCUCAUAAAAGGGAACCUACAAGGGCAGGUGCUUCCAAUGGAGUUGUCAAGUCUGAGGAUAAAACAUCCCCCCGAGCAAGAAAAGCCAAAGCUUCAUAAAGAUAAAAGAGUUGGGAAGGAUGAGUUAAAGAAAUUAUGACAGUGUGACAUUAGAUCUCUACACAACAUCAAAUUUUAUCUAUUGCUCUCUCUCUCCAGAGUUUAAGCGCACUAAGAAACCUUACGUAAAUGUCCCUUUGGGGUUGAAACCUCUAUCUGACAAAGUUCAGUGUUUCUGUCUGCAAGAAGUGUUCAUUAUUCAUGUGGGUUUGCUGCGGAUGGGAUGUGGUAGGUUAGGGCUGGAGCUGAUGCUUUAACUGGAUGGAUUUAGCUCUUCAAAGUGUCCUUUUGUGUAAAAACUACGAUCACUGGUCGGGUACUUUAAACUGAGUUGCUCUUCAGUAAUUUAACAUAGAAUCUGUUCACUUCACAGAACCUUAAAAAAGCCAAAUUUGACUUCAGGGCAACUUAUAAAAUGAAGAGAUUAACUCAACAGGGUAUCGUCUUAAGUUUGGGCCUUAUUCAAUAUUCUCUUUUUUUUUCAGGAAAAGAUAUGAAAUGAAUUACUUUAGGGGAUACUUGUGCUAUUUAAGGUAUUUGAAAUAGUUGCAACCUGAAAAGUAAAGCUUGUUUUUAACUCCUUGAUCAUUUACUGCCAUUAUUUGACAGCCUCUGCCAUUGAAAUCCAGCAUGUGACAGGAUUGAGGCACUUUUCAUAUUUAAGGUUGCUGUCUAUCUCCAACCUGGUAUUUGGCCUGUUUUGGGGGCCUUGUCCCGGUUAGGAGCCUCACCAUAAAGAGCUGUACUGUAAUAUGUCAUGCUGUACUGUUUGCAUACAGUUAAGUCUUUACAAUGGCAUGAUUGAACAUUUUUAGCAAACUUUUAGCAAGAAACUGUGUUACUAAGGCUGCUUUUAAGUCUUUUGAAUGGUAAUGCAUGAUGGUUUAAGGCUGAAGAUUUUACAGCUAGGUUCUACAUGUGCUGUUGAGUUUGCAUCUCUCACACACUACCACAGCACACACACAAACACAAGCAUUCAGUGGCCUUUUUACAACUGCUGCAAGAGGUUUCAGUUAUUUAUUUUUGUCAUAAACUACAGAUAGUUUUUACUUUAUAUACUUUCAGAAGCUAUAACCAGCAAACACAGCGGUACAUAGCAACUGCAUUUAGUUAAUCCAAACAAUACAAUCUUUCUUCAAGUGUCCUUACGAUGUUAGUGGUUUAUAUCACUUGUUCUGCUGGUGUUGUGUUCAGUUUGCCUUCUCUUUUUGCUUUUUUUUUAUUCUCGGGUAUCAGGGAACAAGCUUUUCAUCACUCACACCAUAAUUUACAUGGUCUGUUGGGGACAAUGUUUGUGAGGGAUUGUGUUUGUGUGCCUGCACACUUUUAUGCGUGUAUUAUAUUGUGUAGCUGACGAUGUAAGUUUGUGAAUUAACUUGGCCUGAAUGAUGAUGGUGAUGUUAAUGACAAUGUGCAUUGCUUGUCUUGUUUAAAAACAAAAAAGAAAAGAAAAGAAAAAAAAGAACCUGUGUGCAGAGCAUGAAAAUUGACAAUCUGUUCAUUGACUCCUACUUGUUGGUUGUAUUUACAAUCACACCCUCCCCUCAUCCUUUCUUUUUUUCUAAGUUCUCCUUGGCUGGGCAUGUCUCUCUCUUCCCAACACACUUCUGUGUGCAAAAACACUGAAUUGUGGCAUAUGGUGUCUGUUCUAUAGAUAAUUGGUUAUAAGAUGCUUCUGUGUUUAAUGUGUCUGUCCCCACAUAUGCUUUAUUCUGUGCGCAAGAGACUCUGUUUGCCAAAUGUGACAUGUUUUAUCCUCCCUGUUUCACCUUUUCAAUGAUCCUGACAUUGCUGUGGAGCACGUUUUGAACUGAGGGCCACGUUCUUCUCUCCAGCUCUACUGCUGAACCACUGUGCAUGAGACAUCCGAAACAAAGCAAGACCAAAACAAAAAGGAAAAAAAAAAGACUGUGCUACCUGUGUGUCUAAAGUUGGAGUUUGGCGUUUCAGUCAAAUGUAGGGGUGAAGAAGAAGGAUGCUGUUCUUUUUCCUUUUCUUUCCCCCCCCCCUAUCUUUAGCACUCUUUUUUGGGGGCGUUUGGUAGUGUCGAAAGACCUGGCAUUGUCAUAGGAGGAAAGGAGAUGCAGAGGACUAAUGUACCAGCCUCUUAUGAAACUGUCUCAGAUAGAAGAUGAAAAAACUGACUUAACCCUACACUGUACUAAAAUAUGUGUCAGAUUUUUAAGCUAUUUUUAUAGAGGGAAAACUGUUGAAAAUGACUGUUGUUCAGUAUACACAUGUGAAUAUUUGCUUUGCAUCCAUAUUAUCAAUCAUUUUGUUUUUUUCUUUGUUAUAAUAUAAAUAAAUUUUAAUGUAUAUUAUAAUAUCACAUGACAUAAAGAUUGAGCUUGCUGAA